AUGGGUAGCUGCUUAACAUGCUUCCGCACACCGCCGAACACGAAUGUUGCCACUACGACGGGCAUUCCGACGGGCACCGGGUGUACGGCUCUCGAUCCCACCCUGUCGUACACGGAGAUGGAAGCUACCGGGCAUGAAACAGACGAUCUGUUGCCGGUGAACGCUUCCGGUCAGUACGUGGGACACGGUGACAAACGCACCGGAGGCAGCUUUAAGAAGUCGUCGGUUGGCGGAAUGUUGAACGGAAACAUUUCGUGUACCAUGGUUGGCAGCGGUGCAAUUGGCGGUGUCGGUGGAAUUAUCGGCUCGGCCAGUCCGGGAGGGCUGUUGGUCGAGAGCACGAACAACAACGGAACGGGCAGCAAAGAACUGAGCGGUGGUAUGGGCGGACUGCAAACGCUGCUAUCGGAUAACGAUUUAAACAAACUGUUCGAGAGCUACAAGGACGCACACGAAGAUGCCAUACUGUCCGAGGGCAUCGAGAGGCUGUGCGGUGAUCUUGGCUACAAACCGGACGACUUCGCGAUCCUGGUGCUGGCUUGGCGGCUGGACGCGAGUCAAAUGUGCCAGUUUACGAAAACCGAAUUCAUCCAAGGCCUUCAGCGGAUGAAUGCCGCCAGCAUUGAGGGCAUUCGUGCCCGGUUGCAGCAGAACACGGAACGACUGCGGACGGACGGGAUGGAAGAGUUCAAAUCGCUGUACCGGUUUACGUUUCGAUUCGGGCUCGAACCCGGCCACCGGAUACUGUCGCUUGACAUGGCUAUUAGCCUGUGGCGGCUCGUGUUCACCGUACACACGCCCGACAUACUGCAGCGUUGGCUGGACUUCCUUGAGCAGCAUCAGAACAUCCGGGGCGUCCCCAAGGACACCUGGAAUAUGUUUCUGAAUUUUGUGGAAUCCUGUGAUAUCGAAAACUACGACGACACAGAGGCGUGGCCCAGCCUCUUCGACGAUUUCGUGGAGUAUGAGCAGGAGCGCACCGGGCAGCUAGCAAAAAUGAAGGACAACAGCGGGGGCGAACCGCCUCCUUCCGAGGAUCACAACGGCAGCUACAACGGCUCAUAGUAUAUCGCUAGGAUACCGCCACCUACGAUCAAUCACAUCAACGCCAUCCUUUAGGCCCCCAACUUGUCCUGAACUCUGUUUAUACCAUCGUAUUAACCGGCUGACUUGGAUCCUGGAAACGGGCAGGAUCCAUACUGGGUAAGCAC